AUUAAACAUCAAUAAACAAUCUAGUUACCAUUUAUGAAUUAUGGUUAUUGUGAAGUGUUUCCAACUCUUUGAACAAAAAAACAGAUCCAACAACUAAAACAACCACAGAGUUUACUAUUAUCAGUCUUACUGAAACACAACAUGACUGAAUGAAGUGUUUUUCUCAGCUGUGGCUCACCUGGACAGACCGUCUCAUAGUCGUGGCAGCAGUCCAGGGUGGACACGCAGGCCUGGUCGCAGUAACAGGUGCCAUAGGAGCGGUCAGAUCUCCAUCCUCUGCUGAUACACGAAGGGUCCCGGCCGGUGCAGCAUAAACCCGCAUCCCGACAACCCGACAGACCCGGAGCCGGCAGGGAUAGAAAAACACCGAGAAACAGCAAAGUGGCGGAGCUGCUGCUGCUGCUCCCGUGAACUAACAUCACGAGGGUCCACGGGUGAGCAUGAACGGAGAGUUUCAUUUAUGAGUGUAAAUCAGAAAACACUAACCUCAGUCAGAGAGUUCAACAAUGAAGUCCCCAUGAACUCCUGUUUGUGGUCAGAGAGGUCAAAUGCUCGUUGGGUCGGAAGUUAUCCAUGUGUCAACUCUGCAGCUCUUAAAGGAACAGUUCACUAAUGUAAAUAACUAAAGGACCAUACAAUCAACAUUAGAUUCCUCUACUUUUAAAUUACGGGGGCCGAGAACCGCCACUGUUGCAAAUAAAUAAAUAAAAAAAGAAACAAUGCAGAUUAAAAAAAACACACACAACAGCAAAAUAAAAAAAUAAAAAUAAAAAUUACUUCAAAAAUAAAAGGAUGAAAAAAAAAAGCCAUAAUGAGACACCAAUGUUUUACGAUAUAGGCACAGAGGAAACUUCUCAAUGUGUCAUUUGGUUAGGCCAUGUUGCGCCUGAGUCAAUAUGAAGUUGAACUGAAGCUAACACUACGCCGGCGUCCUCCAGUUCAACUUCAUAUCGACUCAGGCGCAACACGGCCUAACCAAAUGACACAUUGAGAAGUUUACGAAGCGAAAUUAAACAAUAACCUUUACACUUAUUUCUUUGCUCGUCUUCUCGCCGUCGUCUUCUGUGCCGAGACCGUAAAACAUUGGUGCAUUAAUGUGGCUUUUUUUUUUUUUUCAUCCUUUUAUUUUUGCCACUUUUUUUUUGCACUGCUAACUUCCGUUGUGGCUUUUUUUUUUUAAAUCUCCACCAUUUCUUAUUUUUAUCUGCAGUGGGUUUCGAUUUCUUUUUUUUUUUUUUUGCAUCAGUAACUUCUGUUGUAACUUCUUUCUUUUUUUUGCAUUUUUUUUUUAUUUGCAGCAGUGGCGGUUCUCGGCCACCAUAUAAUAUUACUGGAGCAGAUGAUUAAGGUUUAGCUGAUGAACAAUGAUGAACUUAGUUUUGAACUAAUUUUUGCAGACUUUCAUAGUUAAUUUUGACCUCACCCCUUAUCAAAUUUAAGCUUCAUGUGAAAAAAUCAAAAUAAAAGUCUUUGCAGACUUUUACAGUUAAUUUUGACCUCACUUCUGUUUAAAUUCAAGAUUUAUGUGAGAAAAUCAAAAUAAAAGAUAUUCUGUUUUCUCAGAGUAUAUACUCUUUGCCAAGAUAUAUUUGGCUGUAGCCUGUCUCACAGUAUUUAAUCACAAAGUGUUGCAAAAAAAAAAAGACAGCACUAACACUGAUUACUACAACAGCUUAGUGGAGUGGAUACAAUACCCCCUUUUUUUUACCCCUGCUAUGAAGCAUUUGCAUGGCUUCUUAUGUUUUCAAUAAUAUCAUCAAUGUAAUGUACGGAAAAAACAUAAGAAAAACAUGUCAAAGAUCUGCCCUCACAGGCUAUUUAAUUCUUUCACUGCCUCCCUCUGGAUCUGUUGAUGGAGCACGCAGCUUCCCAGGCCCAUGUGUGCCUCAACAUGUGAAUAGAGUGGAUUAAUGAAACUCCUGUGGUUGGGGUUAUUCAUGCAAAAAGAACAACAACAGUGUGGACAGUGCAGGCUUCUACUCAAACCAAGUCUAUGGCCCUCUAUUGUGUGUGUGUGCGUGUGUGGGGGGACAACAUGAACGGCUGAACUUCUGAUUUCAUAACUUUAAAAGACCAUGAGAAACAGAAUUGUGUAGAGGUGCAAAAGCAAAAGGCACCAGUAUGAAGUCUGUGUGACAGAUUGUGCCCCAAAACUUACAUACACUCAACAAAGUAACCUACAUAAACAGGAACAGAGAAGCUAAACAGCAUACAGUCAAACGCAGCUCUUGAAUGAGCCUCUGUGUUCAGGCAUUACUGCAAGAUUUAGAGCGCACACUUUGAUCACAAUCUCUACCAUUGUUUCCAAGUGUUACUCAACACUUUGCAGUUGUAAAAACAACUUUACUGCAUUUAACCUUACCUCAUUUUUUUAAUGCCAUGACCCAUAAAUGUAUUUGUUAUUAUGGGUAAAGAAAUAUUCACCUCCACGUGGUUUGUCAACAGAUAAACAAAGAAUUUAUCUCAUCCCGUCGACUAUAAAUGGGUUUAAACACGCAAACUCCUCAUGACUUAUAUUCUAAUGUAGGGAGAAAAACAAGUCUAGUAGUGUUCAAACAGAGCCGUCAAACAUGAAAGAACCCAUCUUGCAAAAUAGGUAACAAUGCAGAGAUUUACUGUUCACAAAACAUAAUCUCCUUACCGUCUUGAUUCAUAUGAUUGUGACUGUCAAACAUGGUGCACCAAGGACCUCAACUUGUGCUGCAACAGUGUCCCACUGAGCAUAUAAUGACCUUACCUAACUGAUCAGUUAAAACUACACUACAGGGUCACAAUACUGGCCUAAUUUAGUGUGUAUGCAGCAUGCCUUGAGUUCAAUAAGGUUUUACAUGAAUCUGGACUUCAGUAAACAUUACAGUAGAAGACCCUUUAUAUCCUAUAUCAAUAAAAUGAGAAAUAAACAGAAGAUUUGGACAGCUGGAUAUAUUGUUACAGAGCCAAAAAGUGACAAAAUGUUUUUGUUUUUUUAAAGUCCCAACUUUGUCAUAUGUCAAGACAGCAAUGAUGACCACCAAUCUCUACAUCUCAGUGAACACUUUCACAGCACUAUACUGUAUUUGGUAACACUUUACUUGACGCCUAUCUCUAUAACCCAUUAUAAAUAUAUUUAUGGUGCAUUCUAAUCACAUUAUAUCACAGUAUAAGUAUAGUUAUAAACACCCAUAAAUGGUCAUAAUGCUUUAUAGCUAUAGUCAUAACACAUUAUAAAGCAUUUUAUCAUGACUUACAAGGUCAGGUAUUAUAUUGUGUUAUAACUGUUAACAACGGUUGCAUUGUAUUAUCUAAGUGGGCACUGUCAGUGAGUUGUUAACAGUUAUAACACAUUAUAAUACCUGACCUUGUAAGUCAUGAUAAGAUGCUUUAUAAUGUGUUAUGAUUGUUGCUAUAAAGCAUUAUGAUCAUUUAUGAGUGUCUCUAACUAUAGUUACACAGUGCUAUAACGUGAUUAUAAUGAUUAUAAAUAUAUUUAUAACACGUUAUAGAGAUAGGCAUCAAGUAAAGUGUUACCCUGUAUUUUUAUGUAGCUGUAAUGGUUUUUUUCUUAACACUCUUUUGUUGGCACUCUGAUUAGUAUACGCUUAAGGGACAAGAGACAUUCACACAUACAAAUUCAUUACAGGAUAAAGUGUUGCUACUCACGCCAGUCACGUGUACAGUAUGCUCAGACCUUGAACUUUAAAUAUGUCCCAACCAGACCAUGACUCACGUAAAAACUUAAGCCCGGUGUAAUGCUGUAUGGCACAUGUUAUUUUUCACAGUAAUGGUGAAAGUGCAUACAUUCACAGUUCAAACAGAAGUGGGUUUAUGAGGGGCUCAAGGUAUUUUUCCUCUAAUCCUGGAGGAAAGAGUUUAAAUAAACCAGGGAUGGAAGCCGAGAGUCACAGAAGGAGGAGGGAAACACCAGCUUGGCUGUCUGCAUCCUCACCCUCUCUUAGUCGGUAGUAAACAGACCUGCACAGGUAGCAGGUGUGAGGUCACAGUCCUAGUAGGCGAAGAGUUAUUUAUUCUGAGUAUUGAGCCCAUCAGCAGUACAACAGGUCACCAUGAUUUUUCUAAUGGACCUGCAGAUGAUGCUGCUGGAUGUGAUCUACUUCAUCCUGCGUAACUCUGUGCGUGUCGUCCUGCGCCCCCGCACCAAACCCAUCGAUGGUGAGCUGGUGCUGAUCACUGGGGCAGGUGGCGGUCUGGGUCGCCUCUUCGCUCAGGAGUUCGUCAAACAUGGGGCAGAGGUGGUGCUGUGGGACGUCAACAGCAGCUCCAAUGAGCAGACAGCCAAGCUGGUGCAAGAGAUGGGGGGUAAAGCGUACACCUACACGGUGGAUGUGACCAACCGAGAGGACGUGUAUCAGAAUGCAGACCUGGUGAGAAAGGACCUGGGCAGAGAUGUCACCAUACUGGUGAACAAUGCUGGAGUGGUGGCCGGGAAGCGCAUGUUAGACUGUCCGGAUGAGCUGAUGGAGAGGACCAUGAAGGUUAACUGCCACGCCCUCUUCUGGGUGAGAACCUGAUGACCGACAUGAAAAGUGUUUAAACAUCUAAAAGCUGUACAGGAAGUCCAGCUGCCCUGCACUGAUUAAUAAAACUGCAUUUCCUGUUACCUUAAAGGCAGGUGGGAAAUGGUUAAGAUGAGUGUUAUCACUAAUAUACUGCAUGUAUGUUUGGUUUCUGGUGUUGAGUUACAACAGGUUCUUAGAGUAAAACCUCUUUCUGGCAACUCAAAAUGUUCAGAUACCAACUUUAAUUUCUAAAGUAGCUAUGAUCAGCUGUGACCUAUUAUUUCAGCUUUAUGAGAUAGAUAAAAACGUACACAAGAGUUUUGCAAUCUUUGACUUCCAAUUCACUCCCACUGAGCAAAAGACGGCUACUAGGUGUGUAGUUAUUUUUUAGACCUAAUUUCAAUCGUCUAGAUUCUGUAAAUUUUUUGACAUAAUUCAGAUUUUGCACUUUAACCCAUUAUUCCAUAACUAUUAAUUUCAAACAGCGAAUGUGAGUUGCAUAACUGAUCUCCAAGCGCUUAACCAAAAUAAUUAUGACAGCCAUUGAGCAAUAUACAGUUAGACCUCUGUUAGCUGGCUAGUCUGAACUUGGUCUAAGUUUAGACGUAUUAAAAAAAAACUUUCAUUUUUAGACCUGUGGUAGCCUGAUUUUAGACCAGUCGUCUAGGUUACAUUUAGACGUCUAUUAGACCUCUUUUAGAUAAAAAACUGCUCAGUGGGCUCCCGGCUGGUAACACAUUGAUAGUGCUUGUUAGAGCACUUUUUUAAAAAGAUUAUAGUAAAUUCUAAAUUUGCAGACAUCUGCUUUAUUUUGAUCCACAUUUUUCAUGUUGUGCAUUUUAAAAAAAUCUAAUCUGCACUAAUUUCCCCUGAUGGCCCACUUUUUUUUAAGUUCAUCGUGAGCAAUGAUUCAGCAGUGACUGGAAUUAGCUGUAAAUGCACCUUAGCAUUUCACCAUGUAUAAUCUUUGAGCAUGUACAGAGCAUGUUAUUGUGCACACAUGACAUGUUAAAUACAAAGUAUUCAUAGCUUUAUCCCCUUCACACUAUGGGCUGAAAGAUUCCCUUAUGAAUCCUCUUAAUAUGAAGCCACUCGUGCAGCAUAAGCUUUCCACACAUUGAGCAACAUUUAAGUCACUACGAGUCACAUGAACAUGGCAUUUUUUGUUGCCUCAUAGUAAUCUGCUUCAACAGAACAAGACAUGUGUAUUCAUGUAUGUAAGUGUUUGUGUGUAUGUGUGUGUACCUCAGACAGUGAAGGCCUUCCUCCCUCAGAUGAAGGCCAAGAAUCAUGGACACGUUGUGACCAUCGCCAGCGUCCUCGGCCUCUUCAGCACCGCUUGUGUGGAGGUGAACCAAGGAGGGAGAAAUGCAACUGAAACACUAAAAUAUGGCAGCUACACACAGUUUUUUCCACCUUCGACCUCACUCUGCUUGAUUUAGACCUGCUGUCCUCAUUUGAGGCAGCAAAACACAAAAGUUCAGAUGUUUUCUUUGCUGAAAGAGUUUGAGACAGCUGCGAUGUGUUGGGAAACAAACAAGUCCCAGGCUUUACUGAUAACUUAGAUUGAAUGCAGUUGUGCUCUCACUGCAAUCACUACGAAAGAGGAUUAAGCCCACAUGAAAAGAAAAAAAUAAGUACAGGAAGGAGAUUAAAGUCUAAUUUUUGGGAACAAUAAUUGAUAUUUCAAGAUUAAAGUCAAAAUUUCAAGAUUGCAAAAUGUCAUAAAUAAUGUCUUCGACUUUAUUCACAUAAUUUUGAUUUCUUUAAUUUUGAAAUUUCUACUUAAAUCUCAAAAUUUUGACUUUAAUCUCGAAAUGGAAAUUAAAAAACCUCCCUCCUGUAUUUUUUUUCUCUUCUUGUGGCCCUAAUCCUCUUUCUUAAUUACCAGUUGAUAAAUAUUGUAUUUAAAAAAAAAAAAAUCAAAAUAACAAUUUAACCCUUUAAUGCCUGAAACCACAAAUUAUAGCCAGAAUUUUUUUUUUUUUUUGCUUAAAUGUUCAUUUCUCUAACUACUGAAAACCCAAAAAAUCAAAAUGUCCUUAAAAUUUAACAAAUAUAUACAUUUAUCUCAUUUGAUACAUUAGAUGUUUUUGGAAACUGAUAAACCACAAGUAGACAUUUUUAUCAUUUAUCAGACUGUAUUCAGGUUUUUUUUAAAUUAAUUUUUUGAUCAUAUUGAUUUGAUAGAAGUAUAUAACAGUAUGUAUCAAAUAUGAAACAAAAGGCAUUAAAGGGAUAAGGAUUAUCUUAAAACACCUUUUGAGCAUUUGAGCAUGCAUUUUCAUAACAGCUAUAACCAAAAUAUGAAGAAAGGGCAAAUGCAUACAAAGCAUUAUUACUCAGUAUCUCACAGGGUCAUGUCAGCAAACAAGUAAGAGUGUAUUAAUUGAUAUUAACAGUCAUGGGUUUUUCUAACAGUCAAAAGUCAUUUUCCAAAUAUCAAACAUUUUGGGACACACUAAACAAUUCUUUCUAAUUUUGGAGACAGGAUUACUGCGCCAGUAAGUUUGCUGCAGUGGGCUUCCAUGAGUCCAUGGCGCACGAGCUGCUGGCUGAGGAGUAUGAUGGAGUGAAGACCACGCUUGUGUGUCCCUACAUCGUGGACACAGGCAUGUUUGAAGGCUGCAAGAUUCGGUACGUCAUCGAAAUGUUUGCAAACUGUCAUUCUUUGCUUUUGCUUGAUUCAACCAUUUCCUAUUAUGCUGACACAUUUUAUUCAUAAGCAUUGAUUUUCGGUUGGCAAGCCACAUAUGAAACUUUAAGAUGCUAAUACACGACAAUAAAGGAACAUUGUUAGCUGUUAAAAAGUGAAAAAUAAAGCAGUUAUUGAUUAUAAUAAGGCUAUUCAAUGACAAUGACCAGCUCUGCAUAGAAAACUCAAACAACCACCAUUCUGUCCUUUGGUGCCACCAACAGGGAUGAAGUGGAACUGCUCCUCCACCCCCUGGAGCCCCAGUACUGUGUGGAGCAGGCCAUGAACGCCAUCCUGAUAGACCAACCGUUAGUGUGCAUCCCCCGCCUCACAUACCUGCCUUUCCUCAGCAGAGCGUAAGAACUAACAGACAACCAUGAAUAAACCUGUUCUCAUAGCACUUCUUCAUGUAUCUGCGAUUUGAUUCUGCCUAUCCCAUCCGCUUUCAGGUUGUUACCGUGGGAAUCCAAUGUGGUGACGUACAGAUUUAUGGGGUCUGACAAGUGCAUGUACCCCUUCAUUGACUCCAAGAAGAAACAACUGUCCGACAGCGCCAUCAUGGUGUCAUAAUCAACUGAGACGACAUGAGGGUCACAAUCCUCAAACUGAAACAUCAUUUAAAGGGUUUGAGAAACAACAUAUGAUGCAAAAUAAAAAAGCAUCCCUCCAGGGUUCGACCUUUAACUGAAUAAUAAAGGCAAAGAAUGUCCAAACAGAGGAGGCUUUAGACUUCGAGUCUGAUCAUACAGAAUUAUGUACUCAAUGACCACUCAGCCAAGUGGUUAUCAGCACUGUGAAAACAUUUCUGUAACUUCAGAUGAACUCCAAAGUCUCCUAAAAUGGUUUUCAUCUUCUUCAGAUUGUCAGAUAAAAUUUAAUAGCACUUCACAGCAACUGAAUCCUGGACGGGCCUUAAGGGGAAAUGGGUCUUUAUUUCUAGAUGUAUGUAUUGUGAUGUGUUAUGUUUACAUGGAAUAAAACGACUGAAAAACUGACUGACUGGUUUUUGGGCUGUGUUGUGAUUUUAUUGACAUGAAAAGCCAGUUAGGUUAGAUAAGACUGGUAAAUGCAACAGUGUAAUCAAUCUAGCAGCAACAGAUCUAAACCUAAUCUUGAACAAACUAAACAAUACCAUAUCUUUAAGAUGACUGGUUCUUAUUGAGGAGCCUUCAGACCCCUUUUCUCCACAGAUACACACGUUUACAAAGUUUUGAUAACUAAGUUAAAAGUUGUAGGAUAUUUGCUCUGGACAGAAACUAUAGUAUAUAUCAUCUUAAUAUGAGACAUGAUCUUCAGCAUCUGGUUUUAGUUUAAAAUGUCUCCAAAAAGAUCGAUGCAGUAAAAUAUAGGGAACCUUUUUGGUAGGGCUGUAAUCAACCGAAGAAAUUCUCGGUUGACUCGGUUGCCCUCCUUCGCAUCUGAUUGGCUAGAAGUGCUGGGCUCCUAUUGGUUAAUCCUUAUGGCUGUGAAACACCGUCUGUCGGGUUAGGGUUAGGAGAUUCAGAAGUGCGAUAAUGUUCUGUUCGAUGUACAAAGCCGACAGCCCACAUUUGGCUUGAGCUCUAGAUGACGUUCCCAGAGGCGAAGGAGGCGGGACCUUCCCCUACCAUCCUACGAAAAAAAAUAUCGCCCACCGUGGACGCUCUUCAGUCUUCCUGUCUCCAGCUGGUCUCCAGUGGGUUGGGCGAAUCCAAAAUGGUGAAAACAAGGGAGGUGCUCUGAGAAAAGCUGUUGCCUAUGGAAUGGCGCAUGCUCUGAAAACACCCCCAUUAGCACUUGGUACGUUCCUCCUGAUGAAAUUAACCGUAGACUGUAAAUUGACGCGGAAAAAAAUCGAGUAGGCCAUCAGAAUUUU